AUGGCCCGUAGCAAGCGAAGUCGCUUUUGCCUCCUCCUUUUGCUGCUUCCACUCCUCGGUUUGACUUUCAGUACGCCUCGGCCCAAAGAGCGAAGCUUUGGGCAGCAACUGCUGGACAUGGCCCUGGAAUCUCCGCUUUACAAGAUGCUGCUUGUGCCGCAGGCCCGGAGGACCAUGGUGGACACGGCAGAGGCCAACGGGAUUGGAUGGAGCUCUUCUUUGGAGUACAUCCGCGGUCAAGGACCUUGGGAUGACACGGUCUUGCAAGAGCUAGAAGCCGACUCGCCGACGAAGCUUCCGUCCUACUACAAGAAGCCUUUCCAUGCCUACGACACGGGCAACCUGAACUGGGAGGCUGCGUUUGAGCAGGAACUUGCCAGCAGGGCAGUAGGUGCGAGAAACUUCCCGGCAUUUGGGAAGGACGGCGAAGAUGCUUUUCGAGCUGCGUUUGACAACGCUUUGGCCUCGCUUGGGGCAGCUGUUCCGGACGGUGGUGUCAUUGUGGACAUGGGAUGUGGGACAGGGAUCAGCACAAGGCGGUUGGCAGCGCGUUUUCCGAAAGCAUCUCGGCUGAUCGGCUUGGACCUGUCGCCGUACUUUGUUGCUGUAGGCCGACGCCUGAUGGAGCUGGAGCCUGAAGCGGGGAAUUGGGUCACCGACGUAGUUGCUGACAAGCGAGUCGAACUGCGGGUUGCUGAUGUAGAGAGCACGGGCCUGCCAGCAGAGUGUGCAACAACCGUAAACCUCUGCCUAGUGAUCCACGAGCUGCCUCCGGACAUCACGAGACGGGUCUGCCUGGAAGCCUUGCGACUUCUGAAGCCGGGAGGCCAGCUCUGGAUCACUGAAAUGGACUUUUCCGCGCCGGGCUACGUGCAGCUGCGCUCAAAUCCCUUGCUGUUUGCCCUUAUCCGCUCCACAGAGCCAUAUCUGGACGAGUACGCAGACUCAACUGAAGAGCUGUUUCGGCAUCUGGCAGAACUCGAACCUGUGGAAUCUGUGCGUCUGACGGCCGCCACUGGCAGGCACUUUGCCGUGGUUGUCACGAAGGGCCGUGGAAAGGAAUCGCGGCUGGAUGACCGGCGUUGGGAUGAGUUUGGCAACUAC